AUAAGAUAUGUAGCGACGACUCAUGACAACCUUUUGGCACCAAACCUUCACAUGACACUUGACCUUCUGACUUGUGCUGAUAUUAAUGGAUAUCCAAAAAGCCCGUGAAACAGUUUAGUGGGGGUCCAGUCUCCAGCUUGAAGUGACAAGGAAGAUCAUUGUAAUGCCGCCACGUCGGUAACGUGAUCUCCAAGUACAGGUAUGUCGAGCUAUAUAUAUGGAUCUGUAUCGGUGUCCAAUCAGCGAUGUAGGUAAGACCCGUCAUCGAAAUGGCUGCGUCAUGUGCUGCGUUAGCGAUAUAGUACUAAGCGCUCAUCAGGCUUACAAUCAUUUCCUUGUUUUUCAGACUUCUGUCGUAUAACAUGUCGCAAGCUAACCUAGUUGAAAAGAAGGCCAACGAGCUUCCAGGCGUCAACGCCAGGAGUUCCACUACGAAGUUUUCGAAGGCCAAGGCUAUCGCAUUCAAGAUCACACUUGUCACCGCACUCGCAAUCUCUGCUUCAACAUACUUCGUCAAAAGACCCUCGAAAGGUUUUCCUGUCGGCACCCUCGAUGAUGGCGUAGAUUUGUGUCCUCAGGCGGAUGAACUUGUUCCCGAGAAGAACGGGGUGAUCUGGGAAAGUCUUCAACUCGCGUACAGUACUGAGGAGUUCAAAGCGAGAGCCAUAGACUGGCUUGGGGGAGCUGUGCGAAUUCCCACGGAAACGUUCGAUGACAUGGGAGAAGUGGCAGAACCUGUUUGGGAGAAGUUCCUCCCGUUGCAUGAUUAUCUGAAAGACUCGUUCCCUUUACUUCACUCAAACUUGGACCUUACGAAAGUCAAUACAUACGGACUGUUGUACGUAUGGAAAGGCUCAGACAGUGCUUUGAAGCCACUCCUCCUCGCUGCUCACCAGGACGUGGUCCCUGUCUUGGAAACGACAAUUGAUGAAUGGCAGUAUCCGCCAUUCUCCGGUUACUUUGAUGGUCUGGGAGAGCCUUUGGGGGUCGCGGGUCGGAUCAUGUCUGCGAUUGAAUCUAUGCUAGAGAACGGCUUCAAGCCGACUCGCACGAUUGUGAUCGCGUCAGGAUUCGACGAGGAACCACCCAGGCACGUUAACAUUGAAUACUGGUUCAAGGGUGCAUCUUCCCUAGCUACCGAAAUGCUAGAGAGAUUCGGAGAAAAUGGCUUUACCAUGCUUCUCGACGAAGGAUCUGGGUACAGUGAAGUAUAUGGUCGUGUUAUUGCAGUACCUGGAAUUGCCGAGAAAGGUUCCUUGAACGUCCAAAUCAAAGUUACAUCUCCCGGUGGCCAUUCUAGUCUUCCUCCACCUCAUACAAGCAUCGGUAUGCUUGCAGAGCUCCUUGUACAGUAUGAGAAAAAACCCUUUGAGGUCCACCUGACAAGAGGAUCACCGACUUACAAGAACGCUCAAUGCAUGGCUCAACACGCACCAGGCAUUAGUUCUUCGCUAAAGGAACAUAUGUUACGUGCAGAGCACUGUGAUGGAGCACUUCGUGCCGCUGAGCAGGAACUCUUUAAGAACCGUGCUUUUAUGAGUCUUGUCGGUACUACUCAAGCUAUCGAUCUCGUGGACGGUGGAAUGAAGGUAAACGCUCUCCCAGAACAGGCGUGGGCCAUUGUGAAUCACCGGAUUUCUACAGAAAGUUCCAUUGUGGCCACAAAAGCGCGCGACAUCGAAUUGUUGGAAUCUCUCGCAAACGAGUUCAAUCUGUCUUACACGGCCUUUGGUGGCCAUAUUUCCAAUGAGGAUGCGCCUUCAUAUGGCACCUUGAUUCUCUCCACUGCGUUUGGCGAUGGCUUAGAGCCAGCACCAGUCACUCCGUCUGGCGAAGACGCUGCGCCGUUUCAGCUUUUAUCUGGGACUAUCAAGGCAGCCUACAACUCCCAUAGAAAUAUUUCUGGUUCAGAUGCAAUCAUCGUGAGCCCAGGCAUCAUGUCCGGUAACACAGGUGGGGUUUUGAGCACGCAUCGCACUAGCUUUGGUAACGAUUGGAAUACAGAUACACGAUUCUACUGGAAGUUAACUGACCAUAUUUUCCGAUAUAAUCACCUUGGGGUAGCCGGCGGAGGGUCUCUUCCUUCUGGCGUGCACACAAUCAACGAAGCAAUCUCCAUCAAUAGCUUCGUUGAGAUGAUCCGAUUCUACACCACUUUGGUUCUCAACGUAGACGAAUCAUCCCUUCCUUAG